GAAAAAAAGAUAUUUUGUUUAAAAGAGUGGUAAAAAAAAAACUUAAACAAAGAAGGAGAGAGAGAUAUGGCCGGCAGUGGAGGAAAAGCGACCUUCUCCGCGGCGGCGGCGAGCGAUGCGGCAAGAGGUACAGGCGGCAAACUGAAGAGGCAAACCGCGAGGAGACAUACGACGACGACGCCGUAUUCUCGACCGCCUCAGAACCAAGUACAACGGAGUAGGCCGUGGAUCUCGAGAAUCGUCGAUCCUGCUUAUCGGGCUAUCUCCAGCGGGGCUACGAAACUACUUCCUUACUUCUUCUCGAGUGCUCCGGAAAGUGAAGAACAACAACAUCAAGAUAAGCUGCAGGAUGAUUUACAGGAGAAUGAUCCCAGCAGUGUAACACCAAGUUUAAAUGAACCGAAGUCCGAAUCAAUUGAAGAGGGAGGUACUAGUAGUACAUCAAACAUUAAGGAAAGCAAUUUCAAUAUCAGUGCACAAGCAAUAAGCAACAGAGCAAAAAAAGAUGGUGAUGCGAUCUCGGAGCUUGAAAGGCUAAUGCAUGGAAAAACCUUUUCACUGGCGGAAACUGAUCGUCUUAUAGAGAUAAUAAAUUCAAGGGCUAUUGAUCUACCUGAUGUCGCGAGAGAAGAUAUAAUGGAGAUCCCUACGAGAGAGAGAGCCAAGAAAAGUGUGAGUUUUCUUGAUCAGAAAGAAGAGCCCAGUGGUGACAAGGAUGCUGGUAUUGAUCUUUGGGCUACACCAACCCCACUUGCCAAGUCGGUAACUUUUGAAGGAGGCAAACGUGUAGGGGAUGAAGCUGGUCUAUCACCAGCAGAACUUGCUAAGGCAUAUAUGGGAGGCCAGGCACCAUCAAGUAGUUCCCAAGGUUUUGUAGCAAGAAAUGAAAGUCUAGACCAGGGUAUGCUUGUAGCAAAUUCCUCAGGUGCAUCACCAUCAAGCAAGCCUUCUGCUGGUUGGCCUGGUGUCAAGUUAAAUGAGCAAUCUGGUUUUGCAACUCCUCAAAGUCAACGAGAAAACUUUGGGAUCCGAAGUUUUCCAAGGACCCCAUAUCCUAGAUCCAUUCUUUCAGGUUCUAAGUCACAGCUGAUGCAAUUGCAAGACAAUAGUAGGAAGCGCCUGAACACCCUACAGUCUCCCUCCCAAAGUGUGCAGACAAGAUAUGGCCAGCUCAAACUUAACAAGGGAAGUGAUGGUGGACUUUUUGGACCCAGUAGAAGAUCUCGCCAGAGCGCCACCAUGUCUCCUUAUUCACGACCUUCCAGGGGUCGUUUUGAAAAUUCCGCUAACAAGAAGAUCUCUGAAGCAGGGGAAUCAAGCAACCUAUCUGUGUCCCAGACAACAACAUUUGGUAAGCAUAUAGGGUUGGAAGCUGGUACACCGACUGUGCCUAGACAUUCUAGUCAGAUCGCUAAGACGAUACUGGAUCACCUUGAACGGACCCUACCCACGCCGAAAAACAAAUCUGAUGAGUUAAAGCUUGCCACUUCUUGGAGAUUUCCAGAGUCUUCGAAAACUGUUGAACAAAGCAGCUCGAACAUCAACAAAGUGAACAAGGAUGGCCCAGCCAAGUUGAAUGAAGACAUCCCUAAAUUUUUCUCUCACAAUCCGCCGUCCUCUGUGCCUAAACUAUCUGAAGUUCCUACCGGUGAUAUUCAAAAUACAAUGGCCAAGACCGCUUCAGCAUCAAAUGGAAUAUUGAGUGGAAGUAGUAGUGGUACCACACUCCAGUAUGAGUUAGGGAAGCCUAAGGACGCUACAAAAGCUGUUUCCUAUUCUUUUGGAGGCGAGCCCGCAAAUUUCCCCAAGCCACCAUCCCACUCACUGGGAAAUAACAAACGGUCACUUUCAUCGAUCUCAGUAGCCAAGCCUACUUACCAAAGAUGGGCAGUUCCUUCGGGUUCAAACGCUAGCUUCACAUUCCCGGUGUCAUCUUCAUCUGAUGGAGCAGCAACACCAGAGCCCACAACUCCAUCGAUCAUGCCAUCCACAACAACCCCAAGUGGCGGUGUUGCCAUUACAAGUCAGCAUGAAGCAACAAAAGAUGACGAGAUUCCUCAGUUUGGUUUCGGGGGUAACAGAAGAGGAGAUGAUAAGUUGCCUCUGGUCUUCGCUUUCCCCUCUAUGAGCGAUGAAAUGAACAAUGAGAAGUUGGGAGAUAUCAAGUUCACAUUUGGGUCUAACAAGGCAGAGAGAAUAUCUUUUGGCUCACCAGGAAGUGAUGGUGUUUGCUGUUAAAACAAAGACGAUGAUGGUCUCUGUUUCUUUCUUUUCCUUUUCCAAUAUUUUUGUAUCACAGAUUUGUUACUUUGGGAGCAUAACUUGUUCUUUAGAAACCUUUGGUUUUGUUUGACUUCUGAGUUGUAUUCAUUUGAUUUCUUUUGUAUCUGAUUUAAGAAGCAAACAUGAUUU